CAGCCCAGCCUACAGUCGGCCGAUUGCUCUCGAACAAUUUGCUAGUUGACGGCUCUUGAAGAGAGCGGUCGCAUAAUGAAAGUUAAUAGAAUAUUCUCCAGAAAUGUUAUUAUUGCUUUUAUACAACGGAGGAGAAGGAUCAAGAAGAGAAACCGAGAGUAUUGGGUGCAUCCCAUCCACAGUGAUAGAUUAUUGCGAGGAAAGUUUUACACAAUGCAUUCUAAAUUAUUAGAUUAUCCGAAAAAAUUUUUCGCCUUUUAUCGAAUGAGCAUAACUAGCUUCAAUGAACUUGUCAAAUUAAUUGGACCAGCAAUAGUGAAAGAGGAUACACAUCUUAGACUUUCUAUACCUGUAGAGGAGAGAUUGAGCAUUACGAUACGAUAUCUGGCUACCGGUGCUAGUUUCAAUACGUUGUCUUUUGAUUAUCUGAUGGGAGCUUCUACAAUACGAGAUAUUACCAAAACUACAUGUGAGCAAAUAUGGAACAUACUUCAACCGUUGUAUAUGGCAACCAAACAAGAAGAUGACUGGAUUAAAAUUGCUGAUGAAUUCUAUAGCCGCACAAAUUUCCCAAACAUAAUUGGAGCGAUAGAUGGAAAGCAUAUACGGGUGAUACAACCAAAACAUUUCGGGUCAUCAUAUUUUAAUUACAAAAAAUUCUUCUCUUGCGUUUUAAUGGCUUAGACAGAUGCAGAUUAUAAAUUUGUACACAUAGAUGUUGGUUCUUAUGGAACAGCUAGUGACUCAGAAAUAUUUAAAACAUCUGAAAUGGGUAAAAGGCUUUCUGAGAACCGGUUAAAUAUUUCCUCCGGAAGGCAAUUGCCCAAUGAAGAUGACGGAAAUGUUAUUUCAUUCUCUGUCGUUGGCGAUGAAGCGUUUGGACUUGGAAAUCACAUAUUACGCCCUUAUGCAAAAAGAAAUUUAAACUACACCAAGCGAAUUUUCAACUAUAGACAUACAAAAGGUCGACGCAUGGUUGAAUGUACUUUCGGCAUUCUCGCUAACAAAUGGUGUAUUUUUCACCGCCCAAUUGAUGUGAACAUCAAUUUUUGUGUUCGAAUUAUUAAAACUUGCUGUGUCCUUCAUAAUUAUGUACGAAUCAAAGAUGGAGUAAAAUUCACAGAUACUCUCUACAGUUGUCCUAUGACUAACUUAACAAUAAAUGAAAACAACCGAGGAAGAAAUAAUAUGAAUGACGUGCGGCAGUACAUGUCGUCAUAUUUUAUUUCUCCUGGAGGCACCAUUCCGUGUCAAUAUAACAAAGUGUAAUAAGUAAAUAAUGAGUAAAUGAACAAUAAGUAAAUAAAUAAACAACAAUAAGUAAAUAAAUAAACA